AGAGAGCGGAGCGGUAGCACGCCAGCGCUCGACCGAUCGGGUGCAAUUGCUUGACAUCAAACAGCGAUAGAGGGAGGGAGGAGGGAGGGAGGGAGGGAGAAGCGGAGCGCUGAGGAGCAGAGAGGCUUCUGACGGGCCAGUAAGUAGGCAAGAAUAGAAGACAGGAGAAUUGUGUGGAAAUAAUUCUUGGGGGAAGAAGGAUUGGAAAAGCAAUGUUAAAGAGUUUGGUGUAAACAAGCUAAUGAAUUGUGUAAGGAAAAUGAGGAAGGAAAUGCUAUCAACAUCAAGAAUAGAAGAAGAAGAAUCCCCGGGUGUUCAGUUAAGGCAAAGAGGUCUCCUGGAACCGUGCCUUAAACCCAAGGGAACUUUAGCUCUUUGGAAUAAGGGGCUUCAAGAUGUUGGGGAACAGAAUGGAGAUGUUUGGAGAGACAGAUUUUCUGGAAUUAGAGAUCAAGAAGGAAUUCGGGGAUCUUUGCAAUGGGAAGUGGAUACUUCUGGAGUGCAAGUUCAGGGAGAUGGGCGAUCAGGCUCCUUGCAAAAGGGAGAGGGGCUUCCAGGAGUACAUUUUCAGGGGGGGUGGAGAACAGCCUCUGUAAAAGAGGAAAGAAAGUCCUUAGGAAUGCCGGCGAAGGGAGAAGGAAUUCCAGUGUCUUUCCAGUCAGCAGCAGGGUUCUCAGAAGGAUUUGGGGAAGAGGAGGUGGUGGGUUCCAAACUGUGGGGCGAGGAGCUUUCUGCAGCGUGGGACGGGAACCGUGCGCCACGGGUUAGAAUGUGCGCAGCCCAGGUGAACUCUGCCACCAAGCUACAGGGAGACCUGCUUCUGAAUGAGCAUGGGGUCCAUCCGCAGGGAGGAGAUGCGCAGGUUGAGCCUGGCGGUUCGGAAGAUAAUGAAAGAGUCGGACCCGAGGUGGAGGAUGGCGAGGUCUCGCCCAUGGAACUGUCCUUCUCUGGCUCUGGGUUUCUGGUGACCUAUCACAUCGGCGUGGCGGAAUGCUUGUUGGAAAACUUGCCCCAGGUUGUGCUUGCAGCUCCGAGGGUGUUUGGAGCUUCUGCUGGUUCCCUCAUCGCCGCUGCUGUAGUCUGUGGCGUUGAUCUAGAUCGUUUCUAUCAGACCCUUAGUCUGGCUGCUAAACAGUCAAGAAGAUGGUUUCUUGGACCGAUGAAUCCACUAUUUAGUCCUCUCCAAAUUGUAAAGAAGGGUCUGGUGGAGAAUCUUCAUGAGAAUGCGUACGAGCUUGCCUGCGGGAGGCUGUUUAUUUCCAUGACCCGGGCAUCUGACGGACAAAACGUCCUAGUCUCCGACUUCAGUUCAAAUGAGGAACUUAUUCAGGCUUUAUUGUGUAGCUGUUUUGUUCCUGUCUACUGUGGACUAGUCCCUCCAACCUUCCGUGGUGUGCGUUACAUUGACGGAGGAUUUACGAACAGCCAGCCUCUGUAUGACAAGAAGAACACCAUCACCAUUUCCCCAUUCUCAGGAGAGAUUGAUAUUUGUCCCAGGGAUUUUGUUGAUUGCUUCUUACUCUGUUUUGCCAACUGCACCUUCGGAUUCACCCCUGAAAACCUGUGUCGCGUCGGCUUGGCUCUCUUCCCACCAAGCCCCAAGGUUCUGCAGAGAUUUCUCUGGAAUGGCUACAGUGACACCUUGCUUUACAUGCAGACAAACAACAUGCUAAGUCUUGAUGCCCCGAUUAUAGUGAAGAUUUUAUCAAAAUACCACUGUAAGAAGCGUUUCCAAUGUCUGGCUUCAUCGGGUGCUGAAGAGGCCAAUCGCCAUCUGCAAUUUGAAGCGAGCUGCAGGGCUCGUUGGUCGGAAGGCCAGCCUUCUCGGCGCAAGGUCCGGAUUCCUAAAGCAUUACUGUCGAUGGGCAUUUGGAAGAGCAGCAUCUUUGACAUCUGCAGUUUGGUCUUCUAUCCAAUACAUUACGUGACAUCUGUUGCUCAAAGGUUUAGGAGGCGGUUUCUUCGCAUCCCGAAUGCAAUUGGUUCGAUGUUUAAGAAUGAUGUUCGUCGGACCACAGAAUUGCCAAAUGUUUCCAGAACAGAAAGAUGCAAUUCUGCCCAUUGCGUUCAUAUUGGCUCCAUUUAACAACAAUCCAUUUCAUUGCAUUUCCCAGCCAACUUCCUGUAGCCACACAUUUGUAUUUCCUUUAGCAGAACAAUCAGUAUUUCUUUAGAACGCUACAAUUGAAUCUGCCUCUGUGAAAAUUGCAGACAUUGCAUUUUGGACCUUAAUUGAUUGCUACAUAUUAAGGCCUUUCAGAGAGUCAAAAUGAGAUACAGGCCUUUCGGCACAGCAAGUCUGUGCUAACCCAUUUACACUAAUCUUGCAUUAAUCCUAUUUUUUGACUCUCCCCACAUUAUCAUCACCUCUCCCCAGAUUCUAACACUCACCUACAUACAGUGGACAGGUCUGAAGAAGGGUUUCGGCCCAAAACGUUGCCUAUUUCCUUCGCUCCAUAGACGCUACUGCACCCGAUGAGUUUCUCCAGCAUUUUUCUGUACCUACAGUGGACAUUUAAUCUCCCAACCUGCAUGGAUGUGGAAAGAAAUUGGAGCUUCAGGGAAAAUGAAUGAAAUCCUGGACCCAUUACAACCCUGGGCCUCCUCCACUGUCAGAGUGAAGCCAUACGCAAUUUGGAGGAGCAGCACCUCAUAUUUUGCUUGGGCAGCUUCCAACCAAGCGGCAUGAAUAUUGAUUUCUCUAACUUCAAGUAACCCUUGCAUUCUCCGUCUCUCCGUCCCUCCCCCACCCAAGUCCUCUUGCUAAUUUCAAUGUUUGUAUUCCUUCGCGAUAACCUCGUCCCCAGCUAACAAUUGUGGGCUCCACCUCUCCUGAGCCUUGGAUGCAGGCUCUUUGUUCUGUAUCUUGCCAUGCCUCUAGUGUCCCCUCCCAUAGGCAUUGUCCGAUAAAGAAUCUCAAGUAAAACGUCACCUUUUCCUUUUCUCCAGAGAUGCUGCCUGA